CGCGCUAAAGUGGAGGCAUUUGAAAGAUAUACAUAAAUAUAAUUGGUUGGACUCUAUUCAUGCGAGACUCCAGUCAAACGUUUUUGUAUCUAGUCCUGCAAAUUGUAUUUCUAUAUGACGACUCUGCUGAACAGAUUGCGGGUAUUCAUAUGCGUGGCCACCAUUCCUGAAUACAGAUGUAAGAAUCUGACAGAGUUUCAACUCAGCCAAUACAACAUAUCCAUCAGUGAAGAAGUCAAUCUGUCAUAUGAUAAAUGCUGUAUAGAUAUCAUCAAUACUGAUGGAGGAAUUACAAGAGAGAAUCGAACCCUGGACUGCCUUAAUGGUUAUUAUUAUACUGCACCUGUUGAUAAGUCUAUUGUGUCACAGUGGGACCUGGUCUGCAACAACGAAGGAUUGGCUGAAUCUACCCAAACAUUUUAUAUCUUGGGCCAAGUGGUCAGUGGUCUACUGGCACCAUAUUUCAUUGAAAGAUUUGGACGGAAGCCUAUAAGGAUAUUAAGUAAUUUGUUCCUGGUGGUCUUCAACUUAAUCUCUGCGUUUUCGCCGUUUUAUUGGUUGUUCGCGGCUGCGAGAUUUUUCACUGGAAUACUACGAGAGGUAUAUGUUCUGAGUUCAGUAACUCUGGCGUGUGAGUUAUACCCGAAGGAAAGACGUAUUGUUAUGACUGGUAUAUUUAUGUUUAUCUGGAGCAUGUUAAAUUGUUUACUUGGGUUGAUAGCCUACCUUUUAAAGGAUUACAGUUGGAACACGUUAUUCUUGUUUAACGCUGGUAUAUCAGGAUAUUUCAUAGUAGACUUAUUGUUCAUGGAAGAAUCUCUCCGAUGGUUAUUUGCAAAUUCGAAAAUAAAAGCUGCAGAGAAGAUUAUCAAAAAGGCAGCAAGACAAAACAAAAUUGAUUUUGAUAAUGUCUGGAGUUUAACUUUAAAAGAUACCUCAAAACAACAAGCAGCUAGCCAUGGAAACGAAGCAAGUCAUGAGAUCCGAAACCAUGGAACAAUCACGCCGAUAGAUGUCACAGCGACCACAAUUGUAGAGGAUACACAACCAAACAUUGAAAAGGAAACCUCUACACUUGCCAAGUUACUUACUGUCUUUAAAUUAUCCUAUUUGAGGAAAAUUACCAUCGUUGUGUCUAUAGAAUUUGCAGUCAAUAUGACAUCACUGACCAGUAUAAUACUAAUGCUGGACACUCUGGUUGGAAGUGUUUACAUCAACUCUAUCAUAAUGUUUUUUGUUGAUGGUAUUUCCUCAUUUAUUUAUACUACAUUGGCUAAAAGAUUCGGACACAAUAAGGCCCUUCAAACUACAAAGUUAUCCACUGCUAUCUGUAUGAUUUCUGCAGCCCUGAUAAAAUUACUGGCAGAGAACAGUCAAACAAUGGAUUACAUCUUUCUGGGAUUGUAUAUUUUGGCCCUUUCUGGACUGAGUGCUGCUGUUACUGGAGACUAUAUCUACAUCUCGGAAUUGUUUCCUACAGAAAUACGAAGCGCUGGAAAUGGUUUUGCAACGACUUUCAUGCGGAUUGUAUGCACAGCAGCGCCUUUCUUCAAACUAUUAGCUUUGGCUUUUCCAUGGGUUCCUGGUAUUAUUAUAGGAUUCGCAUGCGUAGCUUCCUCAAUUAUUAUUCGAGUAUUUUUACCGGAAACUGGAAACCGCGUUUUACCGCAGACAAUCGAAGAAGUUAACAGAAUGGGACAGGAACAAAAGAUGAAGAAACUAAACAAGAUCGAAAAUGCAUCGUAAAAAUAAGAUAAUCAUGAGAAUUAGGGCAGUUGGAAUCGGCAAGAUUAAAUUCGUUAAAAACUCAAAAUGUUAUAGUUAUAUUGGUGUGAUGUUUUGAGGAAGGUCUUUGAGAGUUAACAAUGACAGGAAAAAUGCUUAAUGGAAUUUCGUCCGGCUUUACAUUCCGAGUUGAAAUUCCACCAAGGUCGAUUUAGCCUUUCACCUUUUCGAGGUUGAUAAAACUUCGAGCAGUGGGGUCGAUGCACUCGACGUAACCCCUGCCCCGUAAUUGCUGUCUUUGUGCCAAAAUUUGAAACCAGUAUAAACGAACACAAAUAAUUGCUAUCGUUGACAGAUAAUAUACUGUGUAUUUAAAAACUUAUACUAUAGUACUUUCUCUCAAGAGAAAAUAUUAGUCUUCAGGCGAAGUGCUUGAUAAAUUUUCUUCGCCAUAACUUUUACCAAAUAACUUUCUACUGCUUCUUUAUUUAUGAAGUAAUUUAUUAAUUCAUUUACUUUAACAAAUUAACUGAUUUAUUAAUAAAAUACCUUUAAAUACCUUCUAUAUAGAAUAUUCUUCUCUACACUUUUUACAUUUUAGUAUCCGAUCUCAUUGAAUUAUCUAGCCGUGCCUGUCUAUUUCAUGCCUUUUUCAUUCUACACACACUCACACAUGCUUACAACCAUUCCUCUGUUAAUCUCAUUGACUCCUCUCCAACACUUCAUACACAUG